AUGGCGGAUCAACGCAGUCCGCUUGUAUCCCAGAAAUCCUCGGAUUCAGGACUUCAUAUCCAGCUCCAUCCUCUAAUAUUGCUGACGAUUUCUGACCACAUCACCCGAUAUGCCGCACGGAGACAGCAAGGACCAAUCAUCGGAGCUUUGCUGGGCCAGCAAAAUGGGCGGGAAAUAACCUUGGAGCAUGCAUUUGAAUGUGUCGUAGUGGAGGGACAGAACGGCGAAGCCCAGCUAUCACACGACUGGUUUGUUGAUAGGGUGAAGCAACUCAAGGAUGUCCACAAAAUUCCCGCUCUUGAUCUUGUGGGCUGGUGGUCAACUGCGCCGCCAUCCGGCCCCGACGAGUCUCAUCUUCCCAUCCAUCGCCAAAUUCUCCAAGACCACAACGAAUCUGCGGUGUUUCUCGCAUUCCAUCCUUCUCAAAUGCAAGGGGCAUCCUCAAAUGGAGGAAAAUUACCACUUACCAUCUACGAGAGCGUGUAUGAGGGAGAUAAUGCUGCGGAGAGCGGAAAGACCAUGCAGGUGGACGGUGAAGAGCAAUCGCUAAACAUCCGGUUCAGGGAACUGCCUUAUUUCGUGGAAACUGGAGAGGCGGAAAUGAUCGGCAUUGACACUGUCGCCCGAAGUGCGAGGAACGCCGCGAUUGAUACGCCAGGCACAGGAAGUGUGUCUACUGAAACCCAGAAGAAACAAGACCGCGGCAAAGGGCAGACGGAUACUACCUUGCUUUCACCCGAGGAAGAAGAACUCAUUGCCAGCCUCAACACUCGCAUAAACGCAAUUCGGGCUCUCGAGUCUCGAAUCUCAUUGAUCAAGUCUUACCUAUCUAGUAUAUCUAUGUCAUCCGAGGGGAGUGACGAAGGAUCCCCAAUGCCAGCAACUUUAUUCCACCCCAUUCUUCGAAACAUCAAUGCUCUUCUCUCGCAUCUUUCUCUCCUCACACCGCAAGAGCAAAGCGCCUUCUCAGAAGAAGUCCUUGCACAAAACAACGAUGUUCAUUUAGUCUCCCUACUUGGACAACUAAGCCAGAACAUCAGCGGUAUGCGAGAAUUAGGCCGCAAAACAGCUAUCAUGCACAACGUCAGGAAAAGCAUACUCAACAGAAAGACGCAAAUGGCCGUGCAGAGUCGUUUCGAGGAUGAAUUUCUUUCUCGUGAUGGUCAUGCGCAUGGCUAA